AUUAGGAAUUUAGGCAUGAUGAUAAUUAGGAAAUACUAGCACCUAAAAAAUAAUAAUUAAAAAUGGUUUCAGGGGAACAGUCUCGGAAAGAAACAAUAAUUUUCUUCAGGAAAGAGUUUGAAGAGAGAAAAAAGAAGUGAAUCAUGGCUCAAGCUGUGAAAAAAUUAAAAAUUAUAGAAAAAAAAGGAAGAUUCUUUUAUCAUAGACGGAGAUGUUAUCAUAGAAUUUUAUAGACUCCUAAGGUUUUCCCUUUCUAUGUAUAGAUUCUUUUACGUGGCAAAUAUCACUUGAAAAUUGUGGAUACAGUCAAAACUCAGAAGUUAGAAGCAUGUGAUGGAUAAAGGAUUUACACUUUGAUCUUGCAGUUCUUAAAGGUCUUCGCCUUUGAGCAGAAUCCUUAGGUUUUUCUAUGACCACCAAACAAAUCAUGGUACAGAGUGUUGGCCUGAGUUGGUCAGCCAUAUAACUAACCACUUAUCCACUUCUACCUAAUUCCUAUGUAAAAUAUCAAAACGAAUAUCAAUGUCUAUCUGUGAAAACUUGUUUUCUUUAAUGGUAGAUUUAUUAACAUAUCUUAGUUGAGUACUCUUCGUGUCUUCCACCUCCUUUUUCCUAUUAGACCAAGCACACAGUUCUUCUCGAUCAAGAUUACGAGAUCAACGACUUUCUUAGACAGAAAACAUUUUUCUCGUCAUUUCUCCGAGAUUUCCGAGUACCAGAGGAAUGGCAAGUCAAAGGAAUGAAAUGGGAGCAACCUUGGUUGUGUUGGCGAUGAUCUGGGUAGGAGUAACUGCUCAAGAAAGUGAUGACUGCACGAACGUAUUGGUCAGCAUGUUACCUUGCAUGAACUACAUCACAGGGAACUCCUCGCCGCAAUUCUCAGGUUGCUGCACGCAGCUUAGCACUGUGGUUGAUAAGAAACCAGAAUGCUUGUGUCAGGUCCUCAAUGGGGGUGACUCCAACAUUAACCAAACUCAGGCUUCGGCCCUCACUACUGCUUGCAAAGUUCAGACUCCGCCUGCUAGCCGCUGCAAUGGUGGUUCUAAUUCAGUGCCGUCAUCACAAGGUGGUUCCAACGAUGCAACUUCAACCAAUAUGGCAGCUCCUCUUUCUUUAUGCUUUCUCUUUAUUGCUUCUUAUGCUUCAAUAAUCAACAUGGCCUGACUUUGUUUAUCUUCCGUAGGCUUCCAA